AUGGCCCAACUCCGACUACCCUCGAUUCCGUAUCCUCCAGCGAAAGAGUUUGGCUACUGGAGCCCCAUCACUUCCACGCUCACUUGGUGCGAGGAGAAGUACUACGCAACGACAUAUAUCGCCGAAAUUGUCAACUCGGUGACCAACUUGUUGGUCAUAUGGCUGGCCUUGGUCGGGGUUCACAACUGCCUUCGCCAUGGCCACGAUCGAAUCUUCUUGAUCACGUUUCUAGGGUUCUUGAUAGUUGGAUCGGGUAGCUUCGCCUUCCACUCGACGCUGAAAUACCCCAUGCAACUCGUGGACGAGCUGUCGAUGAUCUAUACCACCUGUUUGAUGACAUGGGCGACCUUUGAGCACAAGCGCCCAGUCUUCGUCAAGACGAUCCUGGCCGUACUUGUCGCCGGGCUUGCGCUUUUCAUCACGCUGUACUAUCACUAUUUGCAGGACCCAACGUUCCACCAGACAGCCUAUGCAAUCCUCACGGCCGUCGUCCUGAUCCGAUCGAUGUACAUCAUGGAAAUGAACAUUCGCCCAUACUUUCGCAAGCGACGGCAAGAGCAUGAGAGGGUCCAGGCGAGCAAAACGAUAUCCGAAGACGAGAAGCUGGAAGAGCGCAGACAAGAUGAUAGAGAUCGAUGGAUCCUGAAGCAAAUGUGGACAAUGGUUGCAUUCGGGUUGACCAUUUUCCUUGGUGGUUUCGCCAUCUGGAACCUGGACAACCUCUAUUGCCAAAGGAUUCGGAUCUGGAGGCGCGAACUCGGUCUUCCGUGGGGUAUACUCUUGGAAGGGCAUGGAUGGUGGCAUCUCAUGACUGGCCUCGGAGCCUACUUUUACAUCGUUUGGGGCGUGUGGCUCCGGCACUGUCUCAACGGCAAGACCGACCAGUACCAGCUGUCGUGGCCUAGCACGUUCACAUCGAUACCGCGUAUCGUGCGCGAUGAGACGAGGCACAAUGGAAUUCUUAAGAAGAAGAGCUGA